UUUCGUAGAAUGAAAUUUUUUCCAGAAUCCAGUCUCUGAAAGUGGAUAUCCAAACACCAUCUAAUAUAACCGGAGCACCAUCCGAUGUGGCGGAAAAGAGACCAUAGAAGUUUGAUGUUUUGCCUAGAAAAGGCCAUCUGGCUAUAAAAUCCUCCUUGAAGGCGGAUAACAUACCGGAGAUUUUUUCUAUUUUUAUUUUUUAUUUAUUUAUAUUUGGCAUAUGUACAGUUGAUCUGAUCAUUACCCGAUGGCCGGUGGUUUUGUCACCGGAAAAGCUUGCCAUUUUCCAUGGUUUGAGGCAGAAGAGCGGCGCUACCGGCAGUAGGCAGCUCUCUCUGCUUCUGUUUCAAUCUCCAGGACGCUUGCGGAAAUUCGGUUCAGGGAGUGAUAAUCUCUGUAUAAAUGUAGGGUGAAGAUGGAAGCUACUGCUACGACUGGGCCUGCAUUUCUAUCUUUUGCUCUUCCCAAGCUCACCAGGAGGAGAAUACAAGUCAUCAAGGUACAUAAAGCCAAUUUGUCGGAUUCAAAGCAAAAGAAAGCUUAUUUAUUUGCCACAAGGAAGGAAAGAAUUGGGUUGCCAAAUUAUGAUGUGGGUUCAGGGGGCAAGACCUUUCACAUACGGGAAUUUUUGAGUGACCCAUCUGGUGUUGAAGCAAUCUUGAAUGCAAAAGCCUUGAAAAGUUUUCAGUCUCUUGGUUCGGACUUAUACAGGUGCACCCUGCCAAGAAUUCAACUUCUGAACUUUGAAGUGGUUCCUGUGGUUGACUUACGAGUUACCUCAACAAGUGAAGUUUGUACAGUUGAAAUGUUAUCAUGCACGUUUGAGGGUUCCGAAAUCAUGGAACGCCAAAAUAAGCAUUUUUCAGCAUCCAUGAGAAAUCAAAUUACAUGGGACACAAAUAAUUCUGAGCCAUUUUUGGAUAUUGACGUGGAGUUGAAUCUCGCUCUUGAGAUCUACACUAAGCCAUUUACUUUGCUGCCGAUAUCUGCUGUUGAGGGCCCUGGAAAUCUAGUGAUGCAAGCGCUACUGGAUAGGCUAGUUCCAUUGCUUUUGCAGCAAUUAAUACGAGACUAUGACAAUUGGGUUCAACAGAAAUGUGAAUUUUCUUCCUGAAUGCGGUUGGUGAUACCUGCAUGGUCAAAUGACUUUUACUUCACUAAAUGAAGAUGGCCUAUAGCCAUGACAAGUCCUUUGUCUCGCAAAGGAUGUGCCUUUUCCCCACAAGUUAUUUGAUGAAGCUGUGCAUCAAAGGAGUGCCAUGAGAAGCUAUGCGAGUUCACUUUCGGGUGGUACCACAUAUUUGGUUUAUAUAUUGAUUUACAAUUCACAUUCUGUGUAUUGUUAAGUGAAUUUCACUAGUCCUAAGAUACUGUGUAUUUUUAAGUGAAUUUUACAAGUCCUGAGAUACUAUGAUUUAAAUAAUAAUAAUAAUAAUACAAAAAAGAAA